AGGUCAAGAUGGGCGGAGGCUGAGGCGUCGCGACAGGACGGGAGGAACGAGGAGGCCGGUAAGUGUGUGUCCGACCCAAUAACACACACACAGCCACCAGCUUCCGUCUUAUUGUGCGAAACAACGUCAUUUGAGGGCUGAAGACUUCCUUGAGCCACAGAAAUACCAGCGGCUUUGAAAUGGCAGGAUUCCUGGACAAUUUUCGUUGGCCAGAAUGUAUCGAUUGGGGAGAAAGAAGAAAUACGAUUGCUGCUGUAGUCGCAGGCGUUUUUUUUUUCUCAGGCUGGUGGGUAAUUAUAGACGCCUCUCUCGUUUACCCAACAAAUGAAGAAAUGAAUCAUGCUUUUCACACAUGUGGAGUCAUGUCAACGAUUGCCUUUUUCAUGAUAAAUGCAGUAUCUAAUGGACAAGUCAGAGGGGACAGUUACAGUGAAGGCUGCUUUGGAAGAAAUGGUGCAAGAAUUUGGCUUUUCGUUGGCUUUAUGGUGAUGUUUGGAUCUCUCAUAGCUUCUAUGUGGAUCCUCUUUGGAGCAUAUGUUGUACCUAAAGUUAACGUCUAUCCAGGACUGGCUGUGUUUUUUCAAAACGCAUUAAUUUUUUUUAGUAGUCUGGUCUAUAAGUUUGGCAGAACAGAGGAACUGUGGGGGUAAAAUACCACUUAGCCCAGCACUGACUCAGGGUGUUCUUCUGCACAGGAACAACAAUUAUAAAUAUGUGUCAUUUUACUUUAUUUUUUUGGUCAUCAUAUAUGUGAUGCGAAAGUCGGAAUAUUUUUGAAAACUGUCAUUUGUUUUUGUAAGUUUCAUAUUGUACUACUACUUUGUAGUUACACUAAUAGUUGUACUAAGUCUGAUAAACAGAGUAUGAAGCCCUCAUGAAGUGGGCUGAUAUCUGUUGUGUGACACAUGGUAGGAGUUGAUUCAUUGGAAAUAAGUUGCCGAGUACGUCACAUUAUUGUACUUCGCAACAAUCACCACUUUUAUUGCUUUAUUUUAAAAGAGAGAAUUCCCAAUCGUGCUGUCAAAAAAAAGGAAGGAUGGUAUACUUUGAUUUCUAUGAAAUGUUCAUGGAUUUUUUUGGUCUAUUUAAUUGUUUUAAAAAUAAACACAAAGCACUGCUGUUAUGAAUCAAAAAUAGUCCCAACAUUUUGUUAUUUUGUUGUGAAUAGUUUCCAGAGGAAUAGAAUAGCCACUGUUAAAUAUUGGCGGGUUUAUUCUUUUUCCGUAAAUCUUAUUUAUGAAAUAAACCUUUUUCGGUGGC